UCACUAAUUGCAUUCUCUGUGUUUAAUCUGUACGUGCAAACAACGGCCAAUCUAAAUUAGAAACAACUUAAUAAACGUCUUUACAAGAGCCCUCUCCUGUGAGUUUCAGUGUGAGUUCAAGAUCAAGAUGUACUCACACUAGCUAUGCACGUGAUUCGCGAAAAUAGAACAUCUUCGCACUACUUGGACAAUUAGGGCUUGGCCGUCUUCUGCAGUAAUCUUGGCGCCACUAGUUGCUUCCCGCGCAGCUACUGCUCAGUGAUUGGAGGAACCAACUUCAGCGAAUCAGCACUCGUAUUGUACAAAACAAUAGAUUUUGCCAAUAUUUCUUGCACGCUUGCCGACUUCGUUCUGUUUUCUGUAAUUUUCGGCUAUAAAUUGUACUUGGCAGGUGGAUUUGACUGUCGAGCGUGAAACUUUAUCCAACCAUGGUCAAAACAAGAUUUUCUGAAGGAGAAAAGGUGCUUUGCUUCCAUGGGCCAUUAAUUUACGAGGCAAAAUGCCUAAAAGUCGAGGUUAAGGACAAGGUCGUCAAAUACCAAAUCCACUAUGCAGGAUGGAACAAGAGUUGGGAUGAGUUAGUGCCAGAGGAAAGGGUGCUCAAAUACAACGAGUUUAAUAUUCAAAAGCAAAGGGAACUCAAGAAAGCGCAAGAGGCAGCUAAGCAAAAAACAAAGAAGAAAUCUCCCAAGGGCAUGAAAAGAAAAUCCGAGAAUGGCAAAGACUCUGAUAGCAGAUCAUCAACACCCACAAUUGAAAUUGGAAAAAUUGCAACUCCAUCAUGUCCAGCAGCAAAAAGAGCUUUGGCAGUCGCCACCCCAACACCAUCAUCAUCUCAAGACUCUUCCUCUGACGUGCCAAAAAAGAAGAGCAAAUUAGACGUGUCUGUUGAAUCAGAAGAACAAUUCUUAACCAAAGUCGAGGUCAAAGUUAAAAUCCCAGACGAAUUGAAACCAUGGCUUGUUGACGAUUGGGACAUGAUCAACAGACAAAGAAAGUUAGUCAAUUUACCUGCAAAAGUUCCUGUCGAAGAAAUCAUCAAAAACUACAUUGCUUUCAAAUUGGCAAGCAAGACCAACACACCUGAAAAAGAGGAUGCAAUAACUGAAGUCACAAAUGGCAUCAGGGAAUAUUUUAAUGUUAUGCUUGGAUCUCAGCUGCUUUACAAGUUUGAAAGGCCUCAGUAUGCAGAGCUUAUUAGUCAGCAUUCAGACAAGAGGAUGAGCGAACUCUUUGGCGCUGCUCACCUCUUAAGACUCUUUGUGAAACUUGGUGGUGUGCUGGCAUACACCCCUCUUGAUGAGAAGAGCAUACAGCUUCUUUUGAAUUACAUUCAAGACUUCCUCAAGUAUAUGUACAAGAACAAAUCAACUUUGUUCAGCUUGCAAGAUUACUGCGCAGCGCCACCAGAGUAUCAGAGGAGGGUCAUGUGAGAUUUGCUCUCAGACAGUGGCGACGAAAGUGAAGAACUCAAGCCAUUGCCUGAACCAAAAAUUGGCAUGAGGAAGCGGAAACCCAGGAAAUGUAUUUAAAACCUUGGCAUUUAAAAUUUGCACUGCAUUUGAACUGUGUAUUGUAGUGAAUUGUGCACAUUCAUUGUAAAUUUUGUGAUGGGUAUGUUCUCUCAGAGCUGUAAAUACAAAACAUUCACAAAAUAAUUUAUGUAUGCAAUACAAAGCGCUUAUUAUAAGAGUAGAAUUGGGUGGCGAUCAUGUUGACACCUUGAGUUGCAUUUUUUAUUUAACUUUUGUACAUAUAGCCUAAUGCUGAUGCAGCAUUCUAAUAAUUGUGAGCAUAAAUGAACUUAAUAAAACGACGAAUAAUAAUUGAAACAGUUUAACAUA